CUCUCGGGUUAUGCUUGUUCUCCAAGACGCCUUCAGAGCUCUUAUUUACAGUGUUGUAUAGGGAAGUAAACGAUUCGCAAUCGGAGAGAUCUGCGAGUAGAAGAAGAAGAAGAAAAAGAAGAUAAUCUGAUAAUGGAGUGCGUAUUCGGUAUGGUCGGAAACGGCUUUGCGCUGGUGGUCGCCGACACCUCCGCCGUGCACAGCAUCCUCGUCCACAAAUCCAACGAGGACAAGAUCAUGAUCCUCGAUUCCCACAAGCUCAUGGGCGCUAGCGGCGAAGCCGGCGACAGAGUUCAAUUUACGGAAUACAUUCAGAAGAAUGUAGCGCUGUAUCAGUUCCGCAACGGCAUUCCUUUGACGACCGCCGCUGCCGCGAAUUUCACCAGAGGCGAGCUUGCCACUGCCUUGCGAAAGAAUCCAUACUCUGUGAACAUCCUCCUGGCUGGCUAUGAUAAGCAGACAGGCCCUUCUCUAUACUACAUCGACUAUAUUGCUUCUCUUCACAAAGUUGACAAGGGUGCAUUUGGUUACGGCUCCUAUUUCUCACUUGCAAUGAUGGAUAGGCACUACAGGAAAGACAUGUCAUUGGAGGAGGCCAUUGACUUGGCAGAUAAGUGCAUAAUGGAGAUUCGAUCUAGGUUGGUCAUAGCUCCACCGAACUUUGUGAUUAAAAUUGUGGACCAGAAUGGAGCUAGAGAGUAUGCUUGGCGCGAAUCAAUCAGCGAUGCCCCUGCUCCUCCACCCGCGACUGCAUAGAGUUGUUAAAUCUGUUUUAACAGGCUUCAAAGAACAAUAUUAGACUUUGAGAAGAAGCUAUGGGCUGUUGAAAUGUUUUUAAUAUUUGAAACAUGGUUGUCUUUGAUUCAGUUAUAUGCUAGAAUUGUCUUGAAAGGUUGUGAACAUUGUUCUUUAUUUAUAGCAUUCUCUAACUCUUGGUUUUUGCUCUC